AGUUUGUCCAAUUACUCACUCAUUAAGUUUGUUUUGUUGACUACCAAUAAUCAAGAUUAUGUCAACUACUGUCAUCAUUAACUUGUCAGGAAUUACUCUACAUUGUAUUCAUAACCCUGAGUGGUCCAAUAUCCCAGGUAACGGUAAUGCUAAGCUGUUAACUGUUGCCUCUAUUUCAACUGCCUCAUUUUGACCGACUCUGCUCACUCGCCAUAUCGUGACAUUGGCUUUAUAAAGAGGUGAGCGAUUCUCACUGGGUAUCUACAAAACAUACGAUUCCACGGCCACCAUGAACAAUACGAACAUGAUCUUCACAAUCGAACAGUUGACGAGCACCCCGGCGGCGAGACCACGGCCGAACAUCACACGCGUGGCGACUCCGAACAUCAGUGGCAUAUCAUGGGUAGACGACUCCCCAAUGGAUCACAAUCAAAGUGACGUCAUCUCCUUAGACUGUACGUCAUUGCUGGAAUCCACACAGAAUAUUGACGAUAUUGAGGAUUCCAGAGAAGAAUGUUCUCAUACAAGUUCCACCCACGUGCUGAACCACGGCUUCACGGAGUACGUCCAGCAACAAGUGAACGAAAGACUGAAGUGUGAGGAGCACCAGGAACACAGACGUAAAGAGCAGCUCAUCUACAGGCUGAGCAGGUGCCUCGCAGACUCCCAGGAAGAGACCGUGGACGCCGCUGCCAAGACGACCACCGUGAAGAAAGUGUUGAGGAAGAUCAGCCAGUGCCUUGUCGGUACCGCGAAACAGCGGACGACAAAAGACAAGACUGGUGGACGAUCGAAAAGUGUGCUGGUGUUCUACCCAUACGUUUCCUGUCAGCCUCCAGCUAUUGUGGAUAUCAGUAGAGAGUUGGGAUUACUGAACGGCAAAACUUUUUUUAACAAGGGAAAAAAGUGUACGUGGUGUUAAAUGAUUUGUUAAUCCGUCCUAAUAUUAUUGGAGACUUUGUUGUAUGUUAAUACUCUGUUGGCGAUAUUAAGUUUAAAAAAUAAAAAAAAUUCCUCCCAUAAAAAAAACCCGUGGUCAUCAUUUACUUGUUUGUACGCUUCACUGUGAAUAUUGUACAAUAUUUAUUAAUAAAUUAUGAAAAAU